CUCUUGCCAGAUAAGAUGAAACGCAACUUCAUUGGUUUGUUUCUAUCAGAUGACAGAGGACGGAAUUUGCUUCAAAGCUAUAAAAUUCCAGGCAAGUCAUGCUUUCAAAUCAAAGGAUUCCAACUCUGGUGGUGGGAAAAGAAAAAGCCGGUUUAAUUCGUCUGCUGAGUUCAAAAAAGUAAAAGCAACAUAAUGAUCACUUAUGGGGAGAGGUAUUUGUUACUGAACGCAGUCAUGGCAUUUACAAUAAUGGUUGCCUGCUCAUCCUCAACAACUGUGAUGGAGAACUCUGCUGAAAACACUGACACACUUAAGGGAUUUGAAGAGUAUAAUGACACAACAGACAACAAUUCAGAGAUGCCUCGUGUUCUAGAACUUCUAAGCGCUUGUACUGAGGAUGACCAGAGCUUCUGUAUGAAUGGCAUUUGCAGUUACCACAGAGAACUCAAUACACCAACUUGCAGAUGUCAUAAAGACUACACUGGAGAAAGAUGCCAGCAUCUGCUUUUGGAUUCUCACACAGAAGAAGGCCCAGAGAAAUUUAUCGCCAUUGGAGUUGGCAUUUUAUUGCUGAUUGGUGGCACAAUGGGUGUUCUCUACUGUUGUAUUAAAAAAAGAUGCAAGAAACAAAAGUCUCCAUACCAGAUCUGCCAUCCAGACAACUCAGUAUGAAGAUAUAAAGGGGGAUGCUGGCGAAUGACAAAAUCCUGAGCUCCUCUCAAUAGCUUUUGACAUAACAACUGUAUAUGACUUUUGAGUUUUAAAGAGUCUAGAAAGUUCCUGACAUAGACCAUCUCUCUUUAGAAGUAUGUCUCUCUAAAUGAUGUGUUCAAGGGGAGGGAAACAUGGGUUUUGAACUCAGUAUUAGGAAUCACCCUUUUAUUUAUUUAAAGCUUCCAGUUGGCAAUCCUGUUUUCAACUAAUUGUGUAAUUUGUAGUUUCCUCCAAUACAUUUGGCAUUUAGAGACACUAUACAUUCUGUACCUUUUUUAAAUUCAACCUUGAUCGCCACAAACAAGCCAAUCUUAUCUGCAGCUAAGCAGGCUGAAACUUGCUGGCUUGAAUUUUGACAUAC